UCUUCCCGAUUAGCGCCUGCGCAGACAGGCGUGGAAGAUCACUUUUGGCCCAGCUCAGUAGCCGUAGUGGGUCGGAGCGCCGACCGUGGGGGAUUGUGGGAGAAGAUGGCGGCCGCCGUUCGCCCCCGGCUUGUCCGGGCCCUGCCAAUGUCACGUUCUUCUAUUACUGCAAGAGCUGCAGCUGUGUUUCAUGGCCCACCCCGGCGCCAGCUUCAUCAUGCAGUCAUACCUCAUGGCAAAGGUGGGCGUUCCUCAGUCAGUGGGAUUGUGGCCACUGUGUUUGGAGCAACUGGAUUCCUGGGCCGAUAUGUUGUCAACCACCUUGGACGUAUGGGGUCACAGGUGAUCGUACCCUAUCGGUGUGAUCCAUAUGACACCAUGCACCUUCGUCCCAUGGGUGACCUGGGCCAGAUUAUCUUUCUGGAAUGGGACGGGAGAAACAAAGAUUCUAUCCGGAGAGCAGUGGAGCACAGUAAUGUGGUCAUUAAUCUUGUUGGGCGAGAAUGGGAAACCAAAAACUUUGAUUUUGAGGAUGUUUUCGUGAAGAUUCCCCAGGCAAUUGCUCAAGUGUCCAAGGAAGCUGGAGUCGAAAAAUUCAUUCAUGUUUCACAUUUGAAUGCUGAUAUUAAAAGCUCUUCUAGAUAUCUGAGAAAUAAGGCCGUUGGAGAGAAGGAAGUGAGAGAUGCCUUUCCAGAAGCCAUUAUCAUAAAGCCAUCGGACAUCUUUGGAAGAGAGGAUAGAUUCCUCAAUCAUUUUGCAAAUACUCGCUGGUUUGGUGGUGUACCCCUUAUUUCCUUGGGCAAGAAGACAGUGAAACAACCAGUAUACGUUGUAGAUGUAUCGAAAGGAAUUGUUAGUGCAGUUAAGGAUCCAGAUUCCAGAGGGAAGUCUUUUGCCUUCGUUGGGCCCAAUCGGUACCUCCUUUUUGACCUGGUGCAGUAUGUCUUUGCUAUGGCUCACAAACCCUUCCUGCCGUACCCUUUGCCGCAUUUUGCCUAUCGAUGGGUGGCACGACUCUUUGAAAUGAGUCCAUUUGAGCCGUGGACGACAAGGGAUAAAGUGGAGCGGCUUCAUGUCACAGACAUGCUGUUUCCUCACCUGCCGGGCUUGGAAGACCUUGGAAUUCAGGCCACACCCCUGGAGCUCAAGGCCAUUGAGGUGCUGCGGCGCCAUCGUACUUACCGCUGGCUCUCGUCCGAAAUUGAAGACGUGAAGCCGGCCAAGACUGUCGACUUUUAGCGGCCUGCGCUGCCCCGGAUUUUCCGUGUUGGUCGGGUCACCUGGCUGGCGACCAGCCCCCUGUUGUCAGAAAAUCCUGUAUAUAGUGAAUAAGGUCCCUCUAUUAAAUCAUCUGAGGUAAAA